AUGCUGCCGCCUCAACGCUGGGCCUUCCAAGCAGUGCCGGGCAUCUUCGCCAACCACGCCGACUUGGCACGCCGCAAUCCAGACGGCAAAUUCACCACGCAGCCAAGGCUGGGCCUCCUGCCGCGCGCCUACCCGACCGAUCCCCAGGGCGCCGCCAAAGCCACCGACUGGCAGCGGUUUCUCGGCUACCUGGCCGCUCUCAACAGCGACGCCGGCCCCCGCGUCUCCUACAAAGUCGUGUGCCUCACCCGCCACGGCCUCGGAUACCACAACCAAAAGCACGCGCAAGUGGGCACCGAUGCGUGGGAUACCUACUGGUCCUUGCUCGACGGCGACGGCCAAACUACCUGGUUUGACGCCCACCUCACCGACCUCGGCGUCCAGCAGGCCAAGCAGCUGGGCCGGUUCUGGUUCAGCGCCGUGGCCCACGACGGCGUGCCGCUCCCGCGGACCAUCUACACCAGCCCGCUGGCGCGGUGUCUGCAAACGACGGAAUACGUCUUCUCUCCCCUAGCCGACGAGCACCAGAAGCCCUUCCGACCCAUUAUCAAGGAGAACCUCCGCGAGAGGCGGACCCUCCACACGUGUGACUUGAGAAGAGGCCGCUCGUGGAUCCAGACCAACUACCCGGGUUACGUGCUGGAGAACAGUGUCGCGGAGGAGGACCCCUUCUCAGGCCAGACGCGACCGGAAACCGCGCGCGAACACCGUGCCAGGAAGCAGCGGGUGCUGGAGGAGAUAUUCUCGUCUGACGAGAACCAAGUCGUCGCGCUGACGGUUCACUCGUAUGCCAUUGCGGCUAUUCUGGAGGUCUGCGGUGGCGACAGGGUCAGGGUCAAAGAAGGGACGUGUCUUGCCUUGCUGGUGCGAGGCGAGAGGAUGGAGCAGGGGCCGGUUUGA